AUGGCUGAUAACCGGACGCUUCAUUUGGCUUCAAUGUGGUUAGUGGAGGACCAAGGGAUCACAGAAUUCCAAAGCAAGCUCAAUAAAUUGCACCCCGGCGCUUCGAUCAAGGUCAAAUAUCUACGUGAUAAAGAGAUCUUGUCUGUCACUGGUCAGUUUGAUGGAGUGUUUGAGGGCGAAAUCAUAUCGCUACUUGCAAGGUAUAUCGAAGAGCAUCGUAAUGAUGAUCUACUCGAGAUUCCGAGAGUCCGUCAACUUUCAACCUCGACCAACUUCGAUUUCACUCCUCUUCCUGGCGUUGGAAACGAUGCGCAGCCAGACAUGGAAACCCUAGUGGAGGACAUUAUGCCAACACAAACCACUAGCAAUGGACGCCUUGUCAAGUUCUGGUAUCCCUCUCUGGCGGAAAUAGGUCGCAUCUCUCGAGAUGCGAGCCCUCUCCUAAUCCGCAUUUCUCAAAUAACAGAAACGCGAAUCAAAGUGCCGGGGACUCGAGGACUCCGUAUUUCUGCACAAUCCGAGGAGAAAAUCCGCGAGGCAGUUGAUACACUCGACUCCGUUGAAGAAUGCUUGGAUCUCAUUGAGAACCCUAACCGAGGGCUGAUCAUUCUUACUCCAAACCAGGACACUGCUACAUUUCGCAUCAUGACAUUUUCACAGAUCAGUCCCACUGCCGUGUGGCGUAUUUUAAUUGACCGAAAUGUUCCUUUUUGCCUCCCAAAGAUAAUGACUCUGGUGGUCUGUGAAUUCGACGAUCUCGCUAACGAAUUCCGUCCACUUCGCAGACUUCGACAGCCGCCGCAAGUGGCGCUGAAAAAAUCGAGCGUUGCUCGUGACUGGGAAGGCUAUCGUUUUCCAGAGAUAGGUCCGAAAAGCGAUCCCCUUCUAGGGAAAAUUGAUCAGCAUCUCGCGCCUAAAACUGAGACCUCCAAUGACAAGAUCGAUGAGCACCCGUAUCUCUCUACCGGAAAGGCAAAAGCUGUCAACAAAUGGAUCUCUCGGGACAUCGGCAAACGACCAUUUGCAGAUAGUCAUACAGAAAAACCACUGGAAGACGAAAACACCUCCCCUAAGCUUGCUGCGUCCAUGCCUCCGCCCGAGUCUGGCGUUUCCACACUACAGGAUCAGAGAUCCUCGGGCCUAUUCAAGCCCAAACCCGCAGGCAUCAAAAGACGUAUGGUUAUGCUACCAGAUGGAACCGUGGUACCCCCUAGCGAGGUUCAAGAAGAAAUUCCGAAAGACGCACCUUUUGCCCAAAAUCUCUUUAGCAGACUCAGCUAUAGGGAGAGAGUCAGGGAUCAACAGAUGGCCGGUUCGUCUAUCUCAGACCACCAAGAAAAAGGACCGGUCAGUAUUUUUCGCAGCGCGACUGGCUCCACUACUCCUGGUACAGCUUCCAAAGAACUAGGCACAACCCCUGGAGUAACCGGUCCUGCGGCUUCUGCCUAUUUUACCUCUGCUCAGAGACCAAAGGCAAUUGCCACUACUCGUCUUCCAGUUCUACCAGCUCCUCCGGGCGUAACCCUCAAACAGCCGGAAGAUACGUCAGAUGCCGCUGAUUUGACUGUUCCCUCCACUAACCAAGAAGAAAAGCUGGCUCGCACUCUUCGCCAACCAAUUCGUUCUAGUUCUCCAAGAGUCGACAACCAGCCUCUCGGAAUACCCGGGGAAGUGGAUUCAAAUGUGAAUACAAAGUCUCAAAGGCGAAGCGUUGAUUCAGUAAUGGGGGAGAUAAAGCUAAUGCUCGAGACGACUAAGACCACGAAGGAACCUGGAAUAGAGGAAGCGUCCAGCAAGCCAAAGAUAACAGAUCAAAAACAGCCAAGCAACACAUCCACUCGGUUGGGUCUCGGCACGGAGGACACUGGAAGCCUCGGCACCCUCAUUGAUCUUGAUUGUGAAGUGAAAAGCAUUAAUAGUGGUAUUUCACUUGUUGCGUUUGAUCGGCUGGCCACAGUCCCAUCAGGCGUUCCGGAACAGUCUACAGAUGCUGAGCACGACCAAUUCCAGCAUGGCGAGGCUCCUACUUUUGCUGAAACUGGUUAUAUCUUUGAUAUGCCUAAUAUCGACGAUACAACUCUGCAACCUGAGCUAACUCCGAUCAUUUCUCCUUGUCCUGAGCCAACCCACGAUCCGACGAUCCUCCGUGUGACGGGUCCAACCCCUGUUCCUAUUGAGGCUGCCCAACCAAUGCUCGCUACAGAUGCGCCAUGGCCUGGCCCAGGAGCCACUGACUCUUAUCAUGGGAAUGACAUACCCGCAGGCAAACAGAAACAUGAACAGGCUCCUGAACGCCGCAGCAAGGCCGAUGAGGUAGCAAUGGAAUAUUUGCUCCAGCAGAUCAAGGACAAUCCUAGUCCCGAAACUAUCAGCAUUGAAGAGAUUGCGAUACCUCUUGAUGCUACCUUUGGAGAUCCUGCACCUCAAAGUCUGUCUUCUGGCUCGCGUAACCGCGCUACGCAUGACAUUAUCCAGCAACGUCAUCAAUCUGGUCAGAAGAGUGAGAAGGUGCCAUUCCUUCAUCCAGACCUAAUUGAUAUCUCACCUGAAAUGCUUUCUCCUCGCUUACGGUCAUCUAGUUGUGACUCUUUGCAACAAUCCGACUCUAAAAUUGAGGAGCAAGAUGCAGAGCCAGAAGUUGGCGAAAAGCUGGCUGUCUCGGAAGAGACUCAGACAAGGGAAUUUCAUGAGACAAUGUUCCACCAACGGCCCCCUGAUAAGGCUUUCCAAUGGGUGGAUGAAGCAACCAAGGCAGUGAAAAAGGCAAAGGUUGAAGUCCCCACUGGUAAUCCCUCGCAGCGAAAGGAAGACACCGAAACCAAUGCAGAGAAGAAAGCAAACGUUGAAGCCCUUAGUUCUAAUCUCUGGCAGAGAAGGACAGGAUCCAAAUCCACAGAAGACCAGCCACGAAAGGGUACUACUUUGCCCACAAAGGCGUUUGUUAAUCCAUCAAGAGAAAAGAAGCAAAUUCAUGACUCGACAGAGAAUCUGUUUCACUUUCUAGAGCCAGUUCUUGAUUCAGUCCGCAGUUUUCCGGGAACAUUGAGCCUUCAAAUCGAGUUUGGUCUUAUUUUCACGCCCAGUUUGCCAGCUUCAAUCAAAGAGAGGGAGAUGAGCUACAGGGAGGUUCACCAGUUGUUCUUCUCUAAGCAUGACUUGACGCCACCUCCGAUCUCAUUCUUCAAGCGCUUGACUUCAUCUCCUGCGGACAUUGACUACCUCAUCGAUUUGGAGGUCCACGGAUCUCGCCUGUUCGACCAGAAGUACAGUCACCGAGGCGUAAAGUACGAGUUCUGGUGCCGCGCUGGUCCAAGCAGGAUCAUUAUUAUCUCAGUUAAUGAACAUGGACAUGCUAUGAUUCGCUAUCCCGAAUCCUCGCUAGGCACGGUGCACUUGAGUUUCCCUUCCCAAGUGUGGGAUACAGCUGCUAAAGUGCAAGGCUUUAUCGAAUACAUUACGGGGGCUGACCCAGAUCUUGAAGAGGCUGCUCGAACGAUGGCAAAAAGCAUCCGAGUAGAACCAAACAAUCAACAGCUUCGUAUUCUCGUCCGUCUUCCCAAAGACUCAAAGAUCAGAAUCGAUCAGGCGUUCAUGGAACGGUGGAGCCGUCACCCUUACCGCUCGGCAAAGAGCAAGGACUUGUUUCUACAGAUCAGCGAAACUCAAGAACUUUUUGGCACUACCUCCAUCCUAGACCCGGAAAUCAAGGUUUAUCAGAACGCCCCGCUUGAGAAAAUGGUCAAGGAUGGAAAGCAGUGGUGGCAAGCCUCGAUUGUCAGCAGCAGAGUGGAUGAAAUCAUGAAGUCGAAUUCCUUCCUUGAACCUGGUGAGCGCAACGAGUCCUGGUGUGCAACGGAUCUCCUCGGUGCAGAUGUCACGAAUAUCAUCCCCUCUGCCGAGAACCCGGAGCUGAGUACUCUCGGAGCCAAAGUCGGUCAUUCGGGAAUUGGAGCAAUGUUCCAACUUGCCAAAACAGUCGUGCAAAAGAUCGAUGCUGUCGGGUACUGGAACAGAGGUCCUGCCAGUAUUGACAAGCGCACUACCACGUCGAACAACCACAGCCACGCUGGUACCGGUACUUUGAAGGACUCGUACUACUUGGACAAACAAGUAGUGCCCUGGGAUCCGCCGAAGGAUAAGAAAAAGUGGUGA